UGUUAAAUCUCCCCAGCACAUCGAACGCGCGUACACUCCCCAGAGAAGCUCAAUGUUUCCUUGUCAACUACUUCUCCUUCCGUGAACUCUGUCCGAGAUGUUGGUCUCCUUGACUGUUGGCAAGGUAGACGCUGGUGUCGCAGUGCUCCUGACCCACGACAACAGACUCAUCGAAUUCCCCUCAGUCCUCCUACCUAACAAUAUCGCUCCGGGCAGCAUCGUCGAUAUCACGGUAUCGCGCAAUGAAACUGCUGAGGACGCCAGCGCAGCAGCGUUCCAGGCACUUCAGAAACGUAUCCUGAACACGUAUGGCAUCAAAACUCCGUCUUCGCCUGUCCUCCGUCUCCGAAAUGCAACCCAGACUUCCCUCGUCCUGGAGUGGGAUCCCAUCGAGUUGGCUACCGCAUCCCUGAAGUCCUUGUCCCUCUACCGGAAUGGCUCUAAGGCUGGCUCCAUACCUCGGCCGCUGGAGACGCGCAGUACUAAGAUCAGCGGUCUUGCCAUCCACACGGAGUAUACUUUCCACUUGGUCCUACGCACGUCGGCCGGCACCUAUCAGUCCGAGAAACUGAAAUGCCGCACACACAAGAUGACGGAUCUAUCUGGCAUUACGGUGACUGCUGGGAUCAUCCAUCCGCAGCAGAAGGAGGCGCUGGCGGCGGCGCUGGAGAGAAUUGGCGGCAAACUCGUUGACACGGUGCGUAUUGACACUACGCACUUCGUAUGCACGGAAGGAAGGGGCUCGCAGUGGGAGAAGGCGGUUGAUAUGAACAUCCCUGUUGUCCGACCCGAAUGGGUUGACGCAUGUGAAGCUGAAGGGACUCUCGUGAGCGUUCGGGGCUAUUAUCUCAAUGCCGACCCUAAGGCCAGACAGUUUGCUCCGUCGCAUGGACAGCACCAGCAGACGACAUCUGCUGGUUCAGUAGGCACGAGUAGUUCUCGGGGCCGGAGCACAUCAAAUGGUCCGCCACAGCAACAGCGCGAACCGGAGCAUCCGACAAUUGAGCCGUCUCCAGCUAAUGAGAAGAACGGACAACCCAAGCCAGAGAAGGGUGAAGAUGCUUCACAAGGUGAAUCGUCCACACACCAGCCUACCCCGAAAUAUGAAAACCAGGAGAAGGAGAAUGAGAGGGAGACAGUCCCGGAUGAGUCCCACGAUAACACGAAAGCCGCAGAGCCAGCAGAGCCAGAUGGAGCAACAACAGCCGCCAAUGGGAAGGAGACUGAAAAGGAAAAGGAAAAGGCGGAAGAGGAAGAAGCUCCCCAAGAGAUGCCUGAAGAGAAAGAGGAGCAGCCAUUUAGUAAUGGUGAGAAGAAUGGCAAACAACGAGAAGGUGAAUCUGAAUUGUCUGAUGUUCCGCUUUGAUCUUAUUCCCCCGGCUGUCUUUUUCUUCGUUUUCUCUUCUUCGUUCCUGUAUCUUUUGCUGUUUCGUUUACGAACGCUUUGUUUGAUAUCGCCCAGUAGCCGCCACUUGUCUGUAUACAGUGUAUCAUGCUAUGUGUUAUUUGUUAGAGUGAAACGUCAUUAAUAAUAUCGAAUCAUU